AUGGCAAUUAACAUUAAACCUACAGCCACUCUUCUUCUUCUUCUUCCUCUCCUAGCAUUAUUCCAAACCUGCCAUGGCGAAUCACCUGGCAUAGCCGUCUACUGGGGUCAAGACGGUCGCGAAGGAACCCUAGCACAGGCUUGUAAUAGCGGCCUCUAUUCCUAUAUCAUCAUAGCUUUCAUUUUCGAGUACGGUGGCCACCAACCCCCUUCCGUCAACCUUGCCGGUCACUGCACUCCGUCCAUCAACAAUUGCAAGUUCAUCGGCCCAGAGAUCACCACUUGCCAAAACCUAGGAAUCAAGGUCUUAAUCUCCAUUGGUGGAGCAAGUGGUCAGCGCCAUUCCCUCACCGAUGUUGGUGAUGCGAAAUAUCUCGCCGAUUAUAUUUACAAUAAUUUCUUGGGUGGAUCCGCUCCCGACCGUCUGUUCGGAGAUGCUAUAAUAGAUGGCGUUGAUUUCGACAUGGAGUCGCCAAGUUCAUAUCUUGACGAUCUUGCUAGGUACCUGCAUGAAUAUAGUACACCGCAACGAAAGGUGUAUCUAUCGGCGGCUCCACAGUGUCCCUUCCCUGAUGCAAACAUUGGAGCUGCACUUAACACAGGACUGUUCGACUAUGUUUGGAUUCAGUUUUACAACAAUCCUCCAUGUCAAUAUAAUGGGAAUAGUAAAAAUCUUAUUGCAUCAUGGAAUGUAUGGACGUCGAAUAUAAAUGCACGAUAUUUCUUCGUGGGAUUACCAGGAUCUCCUCAAGCUGCAGGAAGUGGGUUUGCUACCCCCACCCAGAUUUGCAACGAAAUUCUUCCUGAAAUAAAGAAAUCACCAAAGUAUGGCGGCGUAAUGAUUUGGUCAAGGUAUUGGGACAAAAUCAGUCCAGAUAUUAUUAACUGCGUGAAGGGAUCAAGCCUGAUCAAAUCUGUCGCUGAGUAUUAAUCCACCACCUGAGUAAUAUUGUUAAAUAAAAUUAAGCAUCAUGAGAUAAUGCUUAACUAUCGUGAUAAUAUGAAGUUUGUAAUGACCCUCAU